GUACGUACAUGUACGUGCCAGUUUAAAUGAAUUCGAAAAUUUUUCUGUAGUCUGCGUCGGAAAAGAACUUUCAGAAGCUGUUCUUUACCAAUUUUAUCAGGCAAAAUUUUGGCAUUCAAGCCAGCCGAGUAAUACCGAAAUCGGACUCAUGCGACCGAGGUGAUGAGAGCGGUAAUGCCUUCGUGAAUUCAUCCUCACGACGAGAGCGCGUUUGGAGUGGUGCAGUAUCGGGAGCAGAGGUCAAAUUUGUCGGGUGAAAUGGCUGAGCGUCGUUCGCCAAGACAACAAGGACCCACGCGGUGCCGCUGCGGGGUCAUGCAGACCUAUGAUUACUACUUGCUUAUUCUGCUCGGAAUACUUUCUUCUAACCUCUUAUCAACAGUAACUGCUCAAACCUGCUUGGGCGCUGUGAGCCUGACUGCCUGUGUUAAUGGCGAAUGCAUCUUCACUGCCUGGGUGUGUGACGGAGUGGUGGAUUGUCAGGAUAUGUCAGAUGAGUCAGAUGCAACCUGCUUGGAUAAUGUGACUGCCUGUGAUUCUUCUCCGUGUCUGAACGGUGGUGUCUGCACACCCAUCCCUAGAACGAACGCCCAUGUUGCACUGUUCAACUGUACCUGCCCUUACCCAUACUCUGGUGCUAUCUGUGAGAUGAUGCUCACCACAACCCCACCACCAGUGAUAUCCACCGAAAUGCUCACAAGGACAGAUGUUGCAGUCACCACAAAUCCACCUGUGCUGCCGACAAGUAGUAGCUCACAGCUUACCACAAGCAGUAGCUCACAGCUUACCACAGCUGCGCGGACCGAAGCGUCCGGCACGACAGCGCAGGUACGAACACCAGAAGUACCCAUUGCAACCCAGGAGCCCCAGGUUACUACAGCCAAGCCACCCACUGGAACCCAGCAGCCACUUGUCACGACAAUACACGCACCCAUUGAAACCCAGGAGCCGCUUGUCAUGAUAACGCAGGCACCCAUUCAAACCCAGCAGCCACUUACUACGACCAAGGCACCCGCUGAGACCCAUGAGUUGCCUCUUAUCCUGUCAGAACCCACCACUAAAUCGCCAGGCGAUACCUCAGCAAGACAGACCUCAAAUACACCAAGUGCAAGAACUACGCAAAGUGAGCAGACCAUAUUGACACAGUUGCCUCAGUCCACGGAUUCCAAUGCGUGCAUUCCAGAUCCCUGCACUAAUGGUGCAACGUGUGUGGCAUUACCAGAUGGCUUUGUGUGUCAGUGUCCUCUAGGAUUUGAAGGAGUAACUUGUGCCCGGGCUGUCCUGAACGCUUGCAGUAGCUCUCCCUGUGGUAACGGAGGCCUGUGCCUGCUGGACCCCAGUGGUUACCACUGUGAGUGCUUCUCCGGUUUCUCAGGUGCAAACUGCGAGACCGAUCUCUGCGGCUGUCAGAACGGAGCAACUUGCGUCACUGAGACGAGUGGCGUGAGGUGUGUCUGCGCGGACGGCUUUGAAGGCACUAACUGUGAAACCAACAUCGACGAAUGCGCCAGCAACCCCUGCACAGCAUUGGCAACUUGCCAAGACGGGGUCAACGACUAUGCCUGCGUCUGUCCUGCGGGUCUCUUUGGGCCCGACUGCACAGAUGAGGUGGACGAGUGCACCUCCGGUCCAUGUCUCAACGGGGCUGUGUGCGAGGACCGCUUGGGGGGAUUCAUCUGCCUGUGCCCGCCAGGGCUGGCAGGUCUGACAUGUUCAGAUAACAUAAACGAAUGCAGCAGCCUGCCCUGCCAAAAUGGGGGUACUUGCAUUGAUGGUAUUAACAGCUACACAUGUAACUGUCUGGAUGGCUUCACUGGUAUCCAUUGUGAGAACGACGGGGACCAGUGCGCAAGCAACCCUUGCAACAAUGGGGGGACAUGCCAGGACCUGGUCAAGGCGUACCGCUGCAUCUGCCCGGCUGGUCUGGCAGCUGGGCUGCGGUGCGACACAGACCUCAUCAACGAGUGCGUCAGCGAUCCUUGCCUGAAUGGGGGGAGCUGUAUAAAUGAUUUUGGUGGCUAUCGGUGCAACUGCACACAGGGUUGGUUUGGGACCAACUGUGAGGAUGAUGGGGACCAGUGUGUCUCUUCUCCUUGCCUGAACGGAGCGACUUGCCUGGAUGGAAUCAUGUCCUACACCUGCGAAUGUGUACCUGGAUACAAUGGUACAAACUGUGAACAAGAUCUGGAUGAGUGCGUUAGCAACCCAUGCCACGAGACGGCAACGUGCGAGAACCUCGUCAAUGAGUAUCUCUGUAUCUGCCCAGAUGGCUUCUCAGGGGACGCUUGCGACGUUGACAUUAAUGAAUGUGCAAGCAAUCCGUGCGUUAAUGGAUUGUGCCAGAACAAUGUGGCCUCGUUCAUGUGUUUCUGUCUCCCUGGGUAUAUUGGUACUACUUGCGAAGUGCAAGUAAACGAGUGUGGGAGUAACCCUUGUGGAGUGAAUGGAGCCUGCGUUGACCUUGUCAAUCAAUUCCGUUGUGACUGUGAACCUGGCUACGCGGGGGAUCGCUGUGAAAUGGAUAUUGACGAAUGCGCAGGGAACCCUUGUAUGAAUGGUGCGACCUGCCGUGAUCUUAUUGCAAGGUUUGAGUGCACGUGCUUCCCUGGCUUCACUGGAACUCUGUGCGAGAAUGAUUUCAGGGAGUGCGAUAGUUCGCCGUGCGAGAACAAUGGAACCUGUAACGAGGGGACAAAUGGCUAUACUUGCAGCUGCAGCCCGGGGUUUGCAGGCACACACUGUGAAAUUGACUUUGAUGAGUGCAGGAGCCAGCCCUGCCAGAAUGGUGCUACUUGCCACGAUCGCGUAAAUAUGUUUGAGUGCGAAUGCGCUCCUGGAUACAGAGGGACGCUGUGCGAACAGAACAUCCCAGAAUGCAACAGUGAGCCGUGCUUGAAUGGCGCGACCUGCAUCGACGAAGUGGGUUCCUACAUCUGCAUUUGUGUCGUCGGUUACAGCGGAUUCAACUGCGAGAUACAAGUUGAUGAGUGUGAAAGUAGUCCUUGCAUGAAUGGCUCGACGUGUGUAGACAUGAUUAACUCUUUCAGCUGCCAGUGUGUGGUUGGAUAUGUAGGCUCACUAUGUGAAAUUGAGGUCAAUGAAUGUCAGAGCAAUCCCUGUCUGAACAACGCAGUGUGCAUCGAUGAUGUUGGCCGCUACUCCUGCCGAUGCAGUGGUGGAUUCACUGGCGUGAACUGCGAAGCCGAAAUAGUAGAAUGUGCCAGCCAACCGUGUCAGAAUGGAGCCACUUGCAUUGAGCUAGUCAAUGCCUACAGCUGUGUGUGCCCGCUUGGAUACAGUGGCAUCAACUGUGAGCAAGACUUUGACGAGUGCGCCAGCCAGCCUUGUCUUUUCAACGGUACAUGUACGCAAGGCCUAGGGUUUUUCUCCUGCCAGUGUCAGCCAGGGUACGGAGGGGCGAGGUGUCAGGAGAACAUUGAUGAGUGUGCAAGUGAUCCGUGCUUGAAUGGUGCCCGCUGUUUGGAUGCAGUGAACGGCUUUGUCUGUGGCUGCCUGGGAGGGUUUGAAGGUGAGCAGUGUCAGGUAGAUAUCAAUGAGUGUGCCAGUGGUCCGUGCCAAAAUGGUGCCACUUGUCGAGAUGUAGUGAAUGGCUACACCUGCGACUGUACCCCAGGUUUCGUGGGUCCUGACUGCCAAGUCAACAUCAAUGAGUGCAUCAGCAAUCCUUGUCAAAACGGCGCUACCUGCUCCGAUGGGGUAAACGGUUACCGAUGCCUCUGCGCAUCAGGCUUUGUCGGUCUGUUUUGUGAACGGGAGACGCAAGAGUGCGCCAGCAACCCAUGCCUGAAUGGGGCGACCUGCAAUGACCUCGUUGAUUCCUACUCCUGUGCCUGCCCUGCCGGCUACGAGGGCGCUAACUGCGAGAUGGAAAUCAAUGAGUGCCAGAGCUCACCUUGUCUGAACUCGGGCACCUGCCAGGAUGCGUUCUUGGGUUUUACGUGCUUGUGCAUAUCUGGAUAUCAGGGUGCGCGGUGUCAGGAGGAGGUUGAUGAAUGCAGGAGCAACCCCUGUCAAAAUGGAGCCACCUGUGAAGAUUUCUUUGACCGGUACGAGUGCCGGUGUGCCGGGGGAUUUUCCGGCGCCAACUGCCAGGUGGAUAUUACAGAGUGCGCCAGCAGCCCGUGUGUGAAUGGCCAGUGCGUUGACGAGGUGAACGGCUACCGGUGUGUAUGUCCAGUCGGGUUUGUUGGGACGCGCUGUGAGGAAGAGGUGGACGAGUGCCUGAGUAGUCCUUGCCAGAACAGUGCCAUUUGCUUGAAUCUGAUUGGUCGGUUUGAGUGCCGGUGCCUGAUGGGAUGGGAGGGGACUCUAUGCGAGAUUGAUGUUGACGAAUGCGCAAGCAACCCUUGCCAGAAUGGUGCUUCGUGUACACAGUCAAUCGGCAAUUACACCUGUGAUUGUUUGGAUGGCUAUGAAGGGCCAAACUGUGAGGUCAACAUUAACGAGUGUGCCAGCAAUCCGUGCCGCAAUCAAGCUGUCUGCUCUGAUCUGGUUAAUAUGUAUAAUUGCUCCUGUCUUCCUGGUUACGUGGGAGAGAACUGUGAGUUUGAGGUCAAUGAGUGCUCCAGUAACCCCUGCUUGAAUGGGGCAGAAUGCAGAGAUAGGCCAAACGGUUUCCUUUGCAUCUGUGACCCUGGAUUUAAUGGCGAUCUCUGCGAGACAAACACCCAGGAAUGCCUAAGCAGCCCCUGCCAGAAUGGUGCCCAGUGUGUAGAUCGUGUCAAUGCAUACUCCUGCACAUGCACUGCUGGAUACAGUGGAACCAACUGCGAGGUCAACAUCAAUGAGUGUGCCAGCAGUCCCUGCCAGAACGGAGCCCGCUGUCGGGAUGUGGUCAAUGGGUACCAGUGUCUGUGCCCUGCGGGGUACCAGGGAACUCACUGCGAGAUCAACAUUGAUGAAUGUGGAAGUGGCCCCUGCUUCAAUGGAGCAACCUGCAUGGAUGGAGCCAACAGUUACACCUGUGCAUGUGCUCCAGGGUUUGAAGGGGCACGAUGCCAAGCCAACAUUGAUGAGUGUACAUCACAGCCGUGUUUGAAUGGUGCCCAGUGUGCUGAUGGGAUCAACAGUGUUGUGUGCACCUGUCUGUCUGGAUUCACAGGAUCAACUUGUGAAACCAACAUUGACGAAUGCUCAAGUAAUCCGUGUACUAAUAAUGCCACCUGCAGAGAUCUUGUCAAUGAGUUUGAGUGCCUCUGUGUGGCUGGAUAUCAGGGAAUUACUUGCGAGCAGGAUGUCUUGGAAUGCGUCAGUAGCCCUUGCCAAAAUGGGGCCACCUGUGUGGACCGAGUCAGUGGCUAUACUUGCGAGUGUCGGCCAGGGUUUGAAGGCACCCACUGUGAGAUUAACAUUGACGAAUGCGCCAGCUCGCCCUGCACCAACGGCGCCACCUGCCAGGAUGUGGUCAACGGCUUCACCUGCAUCUGCCCAGCGGGCUACCAGGGGUCAGAGUGCGGGGAGGACAUCCGCGAGUGCGACAGCAAUCCUUGUCAGAACGGUGCCACCUGUCUGGACCAGGUCAGCAGCUACGCCUGCGUGUGCGUGCCAGGCUAUGCGGGGCUGCACUGCGAACUGGACAUCAAUGAGUGCGUCAGCAACCCGUGCAGGAACGGGGCCCAGUGCCACAACCGGCUCAACAGCUUCUUCUGCAUGUGUCCCGACGGCUUCAAUGGCACGUUUUGUGAGAUGGACAUCAACGAGUGUGCGAGUUCUCCCUGUCGGAAUGGAGCCAUCUGCCGGAACCUUGUAAAUGGCUUCAACUGCGAUUGUCGUCUUGGUUUCCAGGGAACCAACUGCGAACUGGAGGUAGACGAAUGCGCGAGCAACCCCUGUCAUAACAAUGCCACUUGCACAGAUGCUGUCAAUCACUACGAAUGCAUUUGUAGCAGUGGUUACGAGGGAGCCCUCUGUGACCAAAACAUCAAUGAAUGCCAGAGUAAUCCAUGCUUGAAUGGUGCUCAGUGUGUGGACCAGAUAGCCGAGUACCGGUGUGAGUGCGCGGAGGGUUUCGUUGGCACCACGUGUAACAUGGAAAUUAACGAGUGCUCUAGUAGCCCGUGCCAGAAUGGGGCUACCUGUGAGAACCUAGUGGCUGGUUUCAACUGUCGGUGCGUGACCGGGUUUAUCGGUGAGCAGUGUGAGACAGACGUGCAGGAAUGUGGGAGUUCCCCGUGCCAGAAUGGUGCAGUCUGCAUGGACGGAAUCAACAGCUACAUGUGCGUUUGCAGGCAAGGAUUCAUGGGUACCCACUGUGAGAGGGAAAUCAACGAAUGCAGUAGCAACCCCUGUCAGAACGGUGGUGUGUGCUCCGAUCUUGUGGGCCAGUUUCAGUGUCAGUGUCUGCCCGGUUAUGCGGGCGAACGUUGCCAGGCUGACAUUGAUGAGUGCGCCAGCGACCCCUGCCAGAACGGCACAGCGGAAUGCGUAGACCUGAUAAAUGCAUUCAAUUGCGUUUGCCUAGAAGGGUUUGAAGGUAAGCAAUGCGAAGUCAAUAUCAAUGAAUGCGGUGACAGUCUGUGCUUGAACGGAGCUCGCUGUGUAGAUUUGAUCAAUUCUUACAGGUGUGAAUGUGCUGCCGGGUUUAAUGGUGUUAACUGCUCAGUUGAAAUAGAUGAGUGUCUCAGUGGCCCAUGCUUAAACGGUGCCUCCUGCAAUGAUAAAAUUGCAGGAUAUAAUUGUACUUGCCUGCCUGGAUUUACGGGCCGGAACUGUGAGAUUGAAAUCCAAGAAUGUGCCAGCGAUCCUUGUUUGCAUGGUGCAACUUGUCGUGAAGAAAUCAGUGGCUAUACUUGCUUGUGUCUUGAUGGCUUUAGCGGAUCUUUCUGUGAAGUAAACAUUGAUGAGUGUGCAUCCAACCCCUGUGUGAAUAAUGGAACCUGCCAAGAUGCCGUGGACAGAUACUCGUGCCUCUGCGAUCCUGGAUACCAAGGCGCAAACUGUGAAGUCGAUGUUGAUGAAUGUGCCAGCGACCCUUGCCAAAAUGGGGCAACAUGUGUCGACUCCCGGAAUCGCUUCCUGUGCGAGUGCCUCCCAGGCUUCAACGGCUCGCGCUGCGAAGUAAACAUCAACGAGUGUGCCAGCAACCCGUGCUUGAAUGGCGGGCAGUGCACUGACCAAAAUGAUGCCUUUGUCUGUACCUGUGUGAGUGGCUUUGUCGGGGAUCAGUGCAAGACUGAUGUCGACGAAUGCCAAAGUUCCCCCUGCGUAAACAACGCGACUUGUCAGGACUUGCUGAGUGGUUACAAUUGCCUCUGCGUGCCAGGGUUCAGUGGUACCCGCUGUGAGACAGACAUUCAGGAGUGUGGAAGCCAGCCAUGUGAGAAUCGAGCCACCUGCCUGGACAUGGUCAAUGGCUUCAGAUGCAACUGUACACCAGGCUUUACAGGUGACUUGUGUGAGACGGACAUCAACGAAUGCAGCAGUGCACCUUGUAUGAACAGAGCAACUUGCCAGGAUCUGAUUGAUGAAUACCAGUGUGUCUGCCCGCUUGGUUUCUAUGGCAACAAUUGCCAGAAUGAGACAGACGAAUGCCUGAGCAACCCUUGUCUCAAUUCGGCCACUUGUGUGGACGUCGUCGCUGGUUACGCUUGUGCUUGCAUCCCGGGUUAUACCGGGUUGAACUGCGAGAGUGAAGUACAGGAGUGUGUCAGCAACCCGUGUCGGAAUGGCUCGACGUGCUUGGAAGAGAUCAACGGGUUUUUGUGCGUGUGUCCCAUUGGCUAUGAUGGUGACCUUUGUCAGAACAAUAUCGAUGAGUGUGCAUCGGACCCCUGCAUGAAUAAUGGAACCUGCCAGGAGCAUGUUGGCUUGUACACCUGUCUGUGUCUGUCAGGGUACGAGGGAGUGAAUUGCGAGACUGACAUCAAAGAAUGCGCGAGCGAUCCCUGUCAGAAUAUGGCCAUUUGUCGAGACUUGGUGGACCGCUUUGAGUGCGUCUGUGUUCCUGGCUACGAGGGCGCCCUCUGCCAGACUGACAUCAAUGAAUGUGACAGCAGCCCGUGCCUCAACAGUGGGCGCUGUGUAGACCAGCUGAAUGCCUUCUUCUGCAGUUGCGUGACGGGCUUCACAGGAGAGCGCUGUGAGAUCCCCGUGGACGAGUGCGAGAGCAACCCUUGUCAGAAUGGCGCUACCUGCCAGGACUUCUUCAACGGCUACAUGUGCCGCUGCGCGCCCGGCUUUUUAGGAACGCAUUGCGAGGUGGACAACCCGGAAUGUGCCAGCGACCCCUGCCUCAACGGGGCAACAUGUGUGGACCAGGUCAACGGCUACAGAUGCGACUGCAUGGCCGGCUAUGCAGGAGGCAACUGCGAGACGAACGUGGACGAAUGCGCAUCCGGUCCCUGCGAGAACGGAGCCACUUGCCUGGAUGACGUCAACGGAUAUGACUGCAUCUGCAUUGCGGGCUACAAUGGGACAAACUGUGAGGUGGAGACCGACGAGUGCGCGAGCAACCCCUGUCAGAACGAGGCCUUCUGUAGUGACCUCCUGGCUGGCUAUCGCUGCACCUGUCGACCAGGAUUCAUGGGGACACAUUGUGAAGUCAACAUUGAUGACUGUGAGGGUGUGGUGUGCACCAACGGCGCCACCUGCGUGGAUGGGAUAAACACUUACAUGUGCGUCUGCCCUGCGGGCUUCACUGGUGCCCUGUGUAACGUGGAAAUCAAUGAAUGCGCCUCGACGCCCUGCUUGAACCAGGGGACCUGCACGGACCUGGCUGCCAGUUACCGUUGUGACUGUCUGGUUGGCUUUGUGGGCAGCCGGUGUGAGACGAAUGUUGAUGACUGCAUGAGUAGCCCUUGUCAGAAUGGAGGCACAUGUGUCGACCUGUUGAAUGCAUACCGCUGCGACUGUCCGGACGGCUUUGAUGGACUUCACUGUGAGAUAGAUGGUGAUCAGUGCAUGCCAAACCCUUGUCUGAAUGGAGCCAAUUGCACUGACUUGGUCAAAGAUUACAGGUGUGAAUGCACGGCGGAAUUUAGCGGAACCAACUGUGAAACUGACAUCAUUGAUCAGUGUAUCAGUAACCCAUGCCUCAAUGAUGGGACCUGUGAAAACCUGGAUGGGGCUUACCACUGUAUUUGUCUGCCGGAGUGGUUCGGAACCAACUGUGAAUUUGAUGGGGAUCAGUGCCAGUCCAACCCAUGCCAAAAUGGAGGCACGUGUAUGGAUGGUCUGCAAAGGUUUAUGUGCCUGUGUGCACCGGGAUUUCAAGGUCUACAGUGUCAGCUGAACAUUGACGAAUGCAUCAGCAACCCUUGUGAGAAUGGAGCCACCUGCGUCGAUGGCCGGAACAGCUACACGUGUACCUGCACGCCUGGUUUCACCGGCACCCGUUGCGACUCGGAGCUCUUUGAGUGCGCCAGCAACCCCUGCAUGAACGGCGCCACAUGUCGGGAUCGGGUCGGGGGCUAUGAGUGCGACUGUCCGGUGGGUUUCAGAGGCGACCAUUGCGAAGUCAAUGUCAACGACUGCGUGGGAAAUAUGUGCCAACAUGGUGCCAUCUGCAUUGAUGGCAUCAAUAGUUACACUUGUCAGUGCGCCGAGGGAUUUGAAGGCCUGUUCUGUCAGAAUAACAUCAAUGAGUGUGCCAACAGUCCUUGUCAGAAUGGUGCAGCAUGCCAAGAUUUAUUUGGGGGUUUCAACUGUGAGUGUGCUGCUGGCUUUGAGGGAGUCCUUUGUGACACGGACAUCGAUGAAUGCGGGUCCAACCCGUGCCAGAACGGCGCCACGUGCGAGGAUGGUGCAAACGCCUUCGCCUGCCGCUGCCUCCCAGGGUUUGUGGGGCUGCUGUGCUCGUCAGACGUGGACGAGUGCGCCAGCAACCCCUGCCUGCAGUCCGGCACCUGCACGAACCUUGUUAACGGCUAUGUCUGCGCCUGCCGAGAUGGCUACCAAGGUGACCAUUGCCAGACUGAGAUCCAAGAGUGCCUGAGCCAGCCAUGCUCGAACGGCGGGACAUGCGUGGACCUCAUUGCGAGGUAUCGCUGUGAUUGCCUACCCGGUUAUGCAGGAGUCAACUGCGAGAUUCAGAUCAAUGAGUGUGUUAGCAAUCCCUGUAGGAAUGGAGGUCAGUGCCAGGACUUGAUAGCUGGUUACCGCUGUGCCUGCCCAUCAAACUAUGCCGGUCCCACCUGCGAUGUAUUCCUGGACGUCUGCUCGUCCAACCCCUGCAAGAACGGUGGCCUCUGCCAGAACAGUGGUGACGGGCUCUUUACCUGCACCUGUCUGCCAGGGUUCGUCAGCAAGCAGUGCGAACAGGAGGUGAAUGAGUGCCAGAGCGGACCCUGCCAGAAUGGCAGUACCUGCGUGGACGUGGUCAACGGCUACCAGUGCUUGUGUGUUGGUGGCUUUCAAGGGAACAACUGUCAAAUCGAAAUCAAUGAGUGCCUGUCCAGUCCCUGCCAAAACGGCGGCAUUUGUACCGAUGCAGUCAAUGGCUACUCCUGCCAGUGCACUGCCAACUGGGCGGGCACCAUGUGCGAGAUGCAGUCACGCUGUACAGACAACCCUUGCCGCAAUGGGGCGGUCUGCAACGAGCCGUCUGGCGGAGGGACCGGAAACUCUGUGUGCAUUUGCCUGGAUGGUUUCAUUGGGGACAUCUGCGAGAUCAACAUUGAUGACUGCGCGGGAAACCCUUGCGGAGCACAAGGAACCUGUGUGGACAGCGUGAACAGUUUUACUUGCGAGUGCGCAUUUGGCUAUGCCGGUGAUACGUGUGACCAGUACCAAGAUGUAUGCAAUCCAAACCCUUGCAAGCACAACAGCUACUGUUGCCAGAUUGGUGUUCCAAACUGCCCGCCCUUGUUGCCGGGGCAACGGCAGUGCUUCUGCGUGGACGGUUACAGCGGCGACAUGUGCGAGAUUGAGAUUGAUGCCUGCAUAGCGUCCAGCAUUCCCCCUUGCUCCAACAACGGCCAGUGCAUAGACCUGCAGCAGGGCUAUCGCUGCGUCUGCCAGACGGGCUUCACUGGUACCCGCUGCGAGAACAACAUCCCCUGCACGCCAGAUCCCUGCGUGAAUGGCGCCUGCCAGAUCAUUGGCACUGGAUACCAGUGCGUGUGUGAACCUGGCUGGACUGGGCUGAACUGCGACGUCCAAGUUACGCCGUGUGACAGUCGACCUUGCAUCAAUGGAGGGCAGUGCUCAUACGCUGGCGACCAGUAUAACUGUAACUGUGGAGUGAUGUACACAGGCCUUAACUGUGAAACACGAAUCACUCCGUGCGAUAGCAAUCCAUGCCUGAAUGGGGGUCUGUGCCGUGUUGAAAAUGAUGUCGCAUACCAGUGCCUCUGCCUGCCAAAUUACAGAGGAAGCAGAUGUGAGACAGAAGUACGUCCGUGCGACAGCACUCCAUGUCUCAAUAACAGCACCUGCCAAAAUCAGGGGCUCUCCUAUUUGUGCACCUGCCCGAGCAGUUUCACCGGCGUGAACUGUGAGCGUCGGGUCCUGCCCUGUGACGUGCAGCCCUGCAUCCAGGGAACCUGUGUCAACAUGGGCGACAGCUACCGGUGCUACUGCCCAGAUGGCAUCACGGGCCAGUUCUGCGAGAGCACAGUCCCACCGCCGCAGCCCUGCGACUCGAGUCCCUGUCUGAACGGCCAGUGCCAGAACGUCGGGGACACAUUUGCCUGCCUCUGCGAGGGCGGCUUUACAGGUCAGAAUUGUGAAAGCACUCUGCCACCGCCCCUGCCGUGUGAUUCUAAUCCUUGCUCUAACGGCGGCCGAUGCAUGAACCAGGCCGAUUCGUAUUCAUGCGUCUGUAGUGAUAGCUUUACAGGCCAGAACUGUGAAAGCACCGUCCCCACACCCCUGCCCUGCGACUCCAACCCAUGCUUUAAUGGUCAGUGCACAAACACCAACGAUUCGUACGUUUGUGUUUGUGGCAGUAAUUUCACCGGCCAGAAUUGUGAGAGCACAGUUGCCCCGCCCCUGCCCUGUGCUUCAAAUCCCUGCUCUAAUGGCCAGUGUGUCAAUAACGCCGACACGUUUUCUUGCGUCUGUGAUGAAAACUUCACUGGCCAAAACUGCGAGACCACUAUCCCUCCCCUGCUACCGUGCAGUUCCAAUCCUUGCCUUUCUGGCCAAUGUGUCGAUAAUGGCGAUUCAUACGUUUGUAAUUGUGAUGAAAACUUCACCGGCCAAAACUGCGACAGUACCGUUUUGCCGCCCUUUCCCUGUGCGUCGAACCCUUGCAUUAAUGGCCGUUGUUUUGAUGACGCCAAUACGUACGUGUGCAUCUGUGACGGGGGUUUCACAGGCCCAAACUGCCAAAGCACAGUGCCACCACCGACGCCUUGUGAUUCAAAUCCUUGCAUUAAUGGACAGUGUGUUAAUGGUGUCAAUUCUUACACCUGUAAUUGCAGUGAAAGCUUUACCGGCCAAAAUUGUGAAACAACGAUUCCCCCACCGUUACCAUGUGACUCAAAUCCAUGUGUCCGUGGCCAGUGUUCAAAUGAGGGUGACUCUUACUCUUGCGUCUGUGACGGCAACUUUACCGGCCAGGACUGUGAAAGUACUAUCCCGCCACCCCUACCCUGUGACUCAAAUCCCUGUGUGGCUGGCCAGUGUAUGGACAACGGUGAUUCAUAUACCUGUGUGUGUAACCAAAAUUUUACCGGCCAGAAUUGUGAGAGUACUAUCCCGCCGCCCCUACCCUGUGACUCAAAUCCCUGUGUGGCUGGCCAGUGUAUGGAUAACGGUGAUUCAUAUACCUGUGUGUGUAACCAAAAUUUUACCGGCCAGAAUUGUGAGACUACCAUCUCGCCGCCCCUACCCUGUGACUCAAAUCCCUGUGUGGCUGGCCAGUGUACGGACAACGGUGAUUCAUAUACCUGUGUGUGUAACCAAAAUUUUACCGGCCAGAAUUGUGAGAGUACUAUCCGGCCGCCCCUACCCUGUGACUCAAAUCCCUGUGUGGCUGGCCAGUGCUUAAAUAAUGGGGACUCCUACAUAUGCCGCUGUGACCAGAACUUCACAGGCCAAAAUUGUGAAACAACAAUUCCCCCACCGUUACCGUGCGACUCAAAUCCAUGUGUCCGUGGCCAGUGUUUAAACGAGGGCGAUUCUUACACAUGCGUCUGCGACGGCAACUUUACCGGCCCAAACUGUGAGAGUACUAUCCCGCCACCCCUACCCUGCGACUCAAAUCCCUGUGUGGCUGGCCAGUGUAUGGACAACGGUGAUUCAUAUACCUGUGUGUGUAACCAAAAUUUUACUGGCCAGAAUUGUGAGACUACCAUCCCGCCGCCCCUACCCUGUGACUCGAAUCCCUGUGUUGCUGGCCAGUGCAUGAACAACGGUGAUACAUACACCUGCAUCUGUGGCAGCAACUUCACCGGCCAGAACUGUGAAACCACUGUCCCCCCACCCUCACCUUGUGACUCGAGUCCUUGCUUUGCCGGCCAGUGCAUGACUAGUGGUCAAUCGUACAUCUGCCAGUGUGACCAGAACUUUACUGGCCAAAACUGUGAGAGCACUAUACCGCCACUCCUCCCUUGUGACUCUAGUCCUUGUGUUUCUGGCCAGUGUAGGAAUGACGGUGAUUCAUACACUUGCCUUUGUGAUGCCGACUUCACUGGUCAGAACUGCGAGACAACCAUUCGGCCCCCUCUGCCAUGUGACUCCAGUCCGUGCAUUAAUGGCCGGUGCUUCGACAAUGCAGACGCUUACCUGUGCGUCUGUAAUGAGAAUUUUACAGGCCAGAAUUGUGAGAGCCCCAUCCGGCCUCCGCUACCGUGUGAAUCAAAUCCUUGCACAAAUGGCCAGUGUUUUGAUAACGCUGAUACCUAUCUUUGCAUCUGCAACGACAACUACACAGGCCAGAACUGCGAGAGUACCAUUCGCCCUCCCCAGCCCUGCGAUUCCAGCCCCUGCCCUAAUGGCCAUUGUGUGAACUCUGGCAAUUCCUACACGUGUGUGUGCAACGACAAUUUCACCGGCCAGAACUGCGAAACGACGAUCCCGCCGCCCUCGCCCUGCAGCUCCAACCCCUGCUCCAAUAACGGCCAAUGCAUGAACCAGUCUGGUGCUUUCGUGUGUAUCUGUUCUGAUGGGUAUACAGGUCAGACUUGUGAGUCGCUCAUUCAGCCCUGCUCUAGCAAUCCGUGUCAAAAUGGCCAGUGUUUCAACAUGGAAAAUGCCUACCGGUGUGUCUGCGACGCCGGCUACACUGGUGACAACUGCGAUGUGAUCCUGCUGCUUCCGUGCUCCAGCAAUCCUUGCCAGAACGGCCAAUGCUCCAACCUGGCGAAUGGGUACCGGUGCGUCUGCGAGGCUGGCUACACGGGCAACAACUGUGACACGGCUCUGCUGAUGCCUUGCUCCAGCAAUCCUUGCCAGAACGGCCAGUGUGUCAACCUGCUGAAUGCGUACCAAUGCAACUGCCCGACGGGCUACACCGGAGUGAACUGUGAGAUCCCCCCUCCUAUUCCCUGUGCCAGCAACCCCUGCCUGAACGGGAAGUGUUCUGAGCAGGGCAGUGCCUACGUCUGCCAGUGCUUCAAUGGCUACCGAGGGGUCAACUGUGACAUUCCGCCACCCUCCCCUUGCGUCAGUAACCCUUGUUUCAAUAACGGCGUGUGCGUGGACGGAAACAACACAUACACCUGUCAGUGCGUGGGCGGCUACAGCGGAGAUAAAUGCCAAAUCCCCCCACUGGGACCCUGCAUCAGCAACCCUUGCCUCAAUAAUGGCGUCUGCGUGGAUGGAAAUAAUGCGUAUACCUGCAGCUGUGUGGGCGGCUAUAGCGGAGAUAACUGCCAAAACCCCCCACCAACGCCCUGUAGUAGCAACCCUUGUGUCAAUGGUCGAUGCGAGGAUUCAGGCUCCGGCUACACCUGUCAAUGUAGCGAGGGCUUCAGCGGGAUGAACUGUGAAUCCACUGUAGCUCCGCCCCUCCCCUGCGACAGCAGCCCCUGUCUGAACGGCGGGAACUGCUCAAAUGCAGGAAAUGGCUUUGCCUGUCAAUGCCCUGCCAACUUUGUUGGUGACCGAUGCGAGACUCCAGUGGGUAAUCCCUGCGCCAGUCGACCCUGCCUCAACAACGGCUUGUGCGAGGUGGCCCAGGCUGACUUGUAUCGUUGCCAGUGCCAGGGUGGAUUCAUUGGGGAUAGGUGCCAGGACGAGGUUACAACCUGCGGACCGGACGUCUGCUGGAAUGGAGGCACAUGCUUCGAGGAUUUCAUUGGUCCUUUCUGUUUCUGUCCAGAGGGAUUCACUGGUCUGUGGUGCCAACUGACUCCUGGGGUGUGCUUCCCGGACAAUCCUUGUGAAAAUGGUGGAAUAUGUUGGAACCAGGAUGGACAAGUUUACUGUGACUGCAAGAGUGGAUUUAGUGGGGCAAUCUGCAAUGAGGCCGUACAGGGAUGUGACCCUGAUCCAUGUAUCAAUGGAGACUGCAUUGAAGACAGCAGGGGAAACUUCCAAUGCAGGUGUUCCCCGGGCUUCACUGGCAGCCGGUGCGAAGUUGUCGACCCCUGCACCUCGCGGCCAUGUCGUAAUGGCGCGACAUGCCGCUCCACCAGCACCGCCUUCACCUGCGACUGCCGGGUAGGGUUCACAGGGGUUACCUGUGAGAUGGUCGGUCCAGCCUGUGUUAGCCAGCCCUGCCAGAAUGGCGCUCAGUGUAUGCCAAACAGCGACGGCUCGUUCUCAUGCUUCUGCGUACCUGGAUUUGUGGGUGAGCGAUGUGAAAUCAAUAUCAAUGAAUGCCUGAACAAUAGUUGUCAGAACGGAGCCAUGUGUGUUGACGGGAUUAAUGGAUACACUUGCGAAUGCACUGUAGGAUACAGUGGAACCCACUGUGAAAACAGGGACAAUUGUGCCAACUCCCCGUGUCUGAAUGGAGCGGUCUGCCAGAACACUCCCAAUCCCUCCUAUGGAACGGCCUACACCUGUGCCUGUCCAAUCAACUAUGUCGGGGCCAACUGUGAGAGCCGUGACUUCUGUGCUGCUUCGCCCUGCCCGACCAAUGUGACCUGUCUGAAUGUUGCAAGAUCGUUCCUCUGCGAUUAUUGCAGGGGCAAUCCAUGCCAGAACGGUGCAACGUGUGCCAACGAUGUGUCAUCCGUUGUAGGGUUCACCUGCACAUGUGCCAACGGAUUCAGCGGUAUCCUGUGUGGCGCCAACAUUGACGAGUGCGCCAAUAUGCCCUGCCUGCACAGUGGACUAUGCACGGACAUGGUGAAUGGGUUCAGCUGCACCUGCCUGUCACCUUACUACGGAAUGAGAUGUGAGAGCAGCAUCUGUGACACUGUUCAGUGUGGGGCAGGGGCACCCUGUCAUCCUGUCUCUUUCACUGAGUAUGUGUGUCUGUGUCCAUUUGGCACCACCGGGGAUCUGUGUGCUGAGAUCACAUCCAUCACUGUGCCAUCGUUCGGACUGUCCAGCCACAUUCAGUACAAUCACACAUUUAGCAGCCCUUUGACAUUAGCAGUGUCAGCUAGAUCGGCGAGUGCUGACGGCAUGGUGCUCUACGCAGUGCCCAUGUUUGAAGGAGUUGGCUACAUUGCUGUCAUUUUUGCCGGUGGCCGAGUGACACUGAGUGUUCAGGACAUAACUGGUUCCCAGCCUGCAGUUACCAGCCUUCAGGCCACAUAUGCUGACAAUUCAUUCUAUGUGAUUGAGGUGCGACAGCUCGCUGGUACUCUGCAGUUGGUCGUUGACGGGACCGAUGCAUCUGCCAUCCCCUUCUCUGGAACUCUCUUCACUGGCUCCAGCCGUGUAUUCAUCGGUGGUGUCCCUCUUGAAAUUGCCCCACCUCCUGUCAUCACAGCCAGGAAUCUCAAUGGCUGUGUGCGGGAUCUACAGCUGGGAUCUGCUCCUGUUGAUCUGACAGGUGCUUUCGUGGAAUCGGCAAAUGUCGACAACUGCUUCAUUGCCAUGUGUGACAGCAUUGAUUGCAAUGGCAGGGGGAAUUGUACCGAGUUGGGGGGGAGUGACUAUACUUGCAGCUGUGUUGUUGGUUUCACCGGUAAGGACUGCCAGGUACCGGUAUGCCACAACAGCGCAUGCCAACACGGUGGAACCUGUGUUGUGCAGCAAGGUGGCACAGUGUGCAGAUGUCCCCUGGGAUUCGCCGGACCAGUCUGUGAAACUGCUGUACGCUUUAACAUUCCACAAUUUGGCAACAUGUCCUACAUCAAGUAUGCGCUACCAGCCAGCCAACCUGUCAUUGAUAGCCUGUCAAUCAACAUGGAGUUCAGGGCUGAGGAACUAGAUGGUCUCUUAUUGUAUGGAACCCAGGCUAACAUCAUGGGGGACUUCUUCUCACUGUCACUCACCGGUGGCCGCUUGGAGUUUGAGUACAACCUUGGCAUAGACACGGCGAGACUGGUCAGCAGUCCAGUGACUCUCAACACCUGGGUCACUGUGACCAUUCAGAGGAAUGGAAAGUCCAGCCAGAUGACCAUCACUGGCCAAAGUCCUGUGACCGGUACAUCAAGCGGUCUCCUGUCAUCACUCAAUGUGCUACCUGAGGUGUUUGUUGGAGGAAUGGAUGACCUGACCCCUGCAAUGUUAAGGUCAGGGGUCAGUGUAGGGUUCACAGGGUGUAUCCUGUCUCUCUCCAUACAAGGAUUUUCUUACAGUUUCAACCAAUCGGAAGCCCUGAGUGGAGCCGAUGUGGCACAGUGUGAUGAGGACCUCUGUGAGGCUCUACCCUGCCUGAAUGGGGCUCAGUGCCUCCCUGCUCCAGGUUCCUAUGCCUGCCGCUGCCCCGCCGGUUUCCACGGUGUCCACUGUGAGCUGUCCCAUGAUGGCUGUUACCAGAACACCCAGUGUGCCGAGGGCUCCAGCUGCCUGGCCGUGGCGGGCAAUGGUUUCCGCUGCCAGUGCUUGUUCAACCAGACUGGGGAGUUUUGCAGGGAGGAACAAGAUCUUGUCAACCUGAGUCCCAGUUUCAAUGGCUCCUCCCACCUGACAUUUGACCCCGUGAUAGCAGCCAGCCAGCAGACGAGCAUCAGUCUGACGUUCCGCCCGUUGGCCAACGACGGUCUCUUGAUCUACAUGGGCGAGAGCCAGCCCACUGGCGACUUCCUGGCCCUGGGCAUGCUGGGAGGUGUGGUGCAACUCAGAUACAACCUGGGCGUCAGCACUGCCAUCCUCGGUAGUCAGUCCGUUGCUCUAGAUCAAUGGCACACUGUCUCCCUGCAGCGCAACGGUCACUCGGCCGACCUGUACGUGGACGACCAAGCGGCCACCUACCAGGGCAGUAGUCUGACGGGGCUGACCCUCACCGGUCCACUGUACAUUGGCGGUGCUCCGGACUACGGCCUGUUGCACACGGACGCAGGUUUCUUCACGGGAUUCCAAGGGUGCAUACAAGACCUGCAGGUGGGUGGGACCAGUGCCACGCCCAUCCUGUGGCAGACAGCCAUUGGUGGCAUUGACAUCAGUCAGUGUGCCAACAGUCCCUGUGUUCCCACUCCCUGCCAGCAGGGUGGACGGUGCGUGGUGGUGGACGAUAGCACGUUCCAGUGCAGUUGUAUGGUCGGAUGGAGCGGACCGAUGUGCGGAACAGCCGCUAACGUCACCAUCCCGUCCUUCUCUCCUCCCUCCUACCUGGCCUUCUCCUUCGUUCUCAUCCCCUCUGCCUCCACCCGCAUCCGGAUGGAGUUCAAACCUGCGACCGGCAACGGGGUCCUGUUCUGGAACGCCGACAGUAACGAUUACAUUGGGAUCGGACUGGUGGGGAAUUACGUACACUUUACGUUCGAUCUUGGCUCAGGCCAAGCCAACAUCAUUAGCAGCAGCCCUGUCACCGUCGGUCAGUGGCACGAGAUCUACGCUGUCCGUGAGUCGGUCAAUGGUCAGCUGACCCUGGACAAUCAGCUGGUCACAUCCACGGGCCAGUCGCAGGGCCAGAGUGUGGGUCUCAGCACAGGGGCCAUGACCUACGUCGGAGGGUAUGGUCAGGGAGUGGUCAUACCCAGCCGUGCUCGCAUAACCGGAGGUUUCUCAGGUUGCAUUCGGCGGUUGGAGGUCAACGACCAGCCCCAACCUCUGGACCGACCUCAGGAAGGUCAAGGGUUAUCCCAGUGCCAGGACGACAGUCCAUGCAAUCUCAACAACGCUUGCGUCAAUGGAGCUACAUGCCUGGAUGACGCUGCAAACAGCAAGGGAUACCAGUGCAGCUGCCUAUCGGGCUUCGCAGGGGAGUUUUGCGAAACAACGCCCUGCCAGUCUCUCCUGCCAUCCAGCCAAUGCCAAAAUGGCGGCACUUGUUACCACGACGACAACGGACAAGCCAUGUGCCUCUGCACGCUACCAUACACGGGAUCAACUUGUGCAAACAAUCUCGUUUACACUACUCCCCACUUUAUGGGACGGAGCUAUAUGGUUUUUUCCUCAGAGCUAAUUGCAAGCGAUUUCUCAUCCAACCAGUUCAGCCUGACUUUUCGCACCAGUGACCCCUCGGCCAAUAGCCUGAUCUUGUGGUUUGGUGCCGGCGGCAAUGGGGAUUUCAUCGUGCUGGGCAUCAAGAACCAACGGGUGGAGUUCCGCUAUGACCUGGGUGACGGGGCAGGCGUGGCCAGGGCUAACAGCAUCCUGAUCAACACCAACAUGUGGUACAGUGUCAGCGUCGCCAGGUUUGGCAGAACAGCUUCCAUGACAAUUGUGGAUCUGCAGCAGAACCAGCAAACAGUGACCGCCCAGAGCCCUGGGACGCAGUCGGGACUGGGCGCCUUCGGCAGCCUGCUAUAUUUGGGCGGCUACCCCGGUGACAUAGCGCCGCUGACCGGUGGCCACUUCGACUCGGGCCUGAUUGGAUGCAUCCGCCAGUUUGCCACGGCCCUCAACCCCGGCAGCCAGACCCUGCCAGCAGUCAACUUAACGAGUGACCCGAUGAAUGGUGCAGGCAUUGCUAACUGUCCAUAAUGUGAAUGGUGAAUGAAUGGAUGCAUGAGACAGUUUGCUUCUGCCAUAUCUUGUCUGUUAUCUUAAGAUUUGUGUCUGCAACAGUAAGUACGACUUGACUUGAGGUUUUCGUAUCAAAUAACAUUCCCUUUUGUAUGAUUGUGUACUUAAAUUCAAUGGUGUGAAAACACUUAUGAAUCAGUAUUCAGUUGGAAAUGGAAUGUACGUUUGUAACUAAGAUUUUCCAAGAUUGUCAUUUUUUUUACAAUGCCAGUUUUGAUUGUGAACAAGCUUCUCAGAUCUGUCCCUAUUUUACUCAAGUGGAAAGUUUUACCUGAGGGAUAUCCAGUUUUUUACUUACGAUGUAUUUUUGAUACUUAGGUACUAUUUCUUGCAUUAAAUAUGGACAGCAAGGACGAAAUGAAGACGUACUCAGACUUAAGGAAAUUUUCCAGCGGAAAAUUUGUGUGUUUUUUUAAUCAAAAUUAUGUUCAUGCCGAUACUUUGAUGAUUCAGCUCUAGCUAAGCAGUGGAUUUUGAGGAGGAAAAUUCCUCCCUUUUAGAAUUAUGUACUUAAAAAGCAAGAUUUGCUUAAAAUCGCAUGCCCAUUUUGAAGGGAAAUACAUGUAUUCGGAUUAGUACUUCAGUAAUUCAUGUGUGUGCACAGUAGAAUAUAAAUCGUCAACUGUUUUUCAACUUUUUUACUGCCUGAACUGUAACAAUUUUGUAUUCCUUGAUGUUAUUUUAAAAAAAAACGUUGGGCUUUCCUUUUUCAGUUCCUUAAGAAAUCCAGUGGUCUGAAUUUCAUUGUAAAUACGUGGACUUAUGAUAGCAUGAGUUGUGCCUCGUAAAAUCCGAUCAAUGCCUCACGGGGUAAUUUAGGAGAGAACUUUUUAAAUGUAGUAAUGCUGGCAUUACACAGUCCUGUCUUUUAUGAAGAACUGGUUUAAGAGCACUUACAUUCUUCUCUAUUUUAACAUGUUUAAAGGAGAAAAUGUUUCCAAGAAUCAAGAGAGUGAUGAUCUGAAGGCACAGACCGCAGAAGGUAUCUUUGUGAACGUGUAGCGUGGUGUAUGGUUAUUGUCUUGUUGAAAUGAUUCCUGUUUUUUACUGUUCAGAAGAUCAGUUCACAUGUCUGGAUGGUGUCUUGUGGUUCUGCAGUAUUUUUAGACUAAAUAUCCAAUUUAGGAACAUGUAUGUACAAGUAUUUUGAAACCACAAGAGGCUUUAUUUUACCCAGAUUGCAUUUGAAUUGCCAGUUUCACUUUUAUCCGUGCUUCACUUUGCAUGAACUUGGACCUUAAAAGCAUGUUGAGGCUGCCGUAUCUUACUGAACAUCUGAAUUUAUGACGGAAAAUGUGCCUUGAUUUGUACUCUUGUGUAAAUAAAUGUAUUUAUAUUUACAGAAUUUUUUUGACCAUGCAGUUACUGUUUUGCCACUGAUAAACAACCUUAACUUCAUUUUAGAUGUACAUGUACGCUGUGAUCCCGACUUGAGGUCAUAGCUGGUACCCUGGUUAACUGUAUAUUCUGGUACAGUAGCACAGUUAAGUCAUCAUGCAAGAAUUUCUCUAAGCUAUUUGAAAACUGAAAAUUUACCUUUAUAAAAUUAGGAAAAAAAGAGAGUAAAUCUGCCUGAAUCCGA